AAUUCGAAACAACUGUAGUAGCAAAAGUGGCUAUUUUGGUCUCACUCAAUGAACAAUUAUUGUACCAACUAUAUAUCCUUAUUAGUAUCCAAACAGUCCUUUAUAUAUAUUGAACUGUUCCACUUUAUUUUUUGGGCUUGUUCAAAUUCACUCAAAAGUGAUUACUUAUUCUCCUUUCUUUUCUUUUUUUGAAAUUAGGAUCUCGUUCUGAUAUCACUCCUCCUCUUUUUAUAGUGGAUCCAUUGAAUUACGGAUUCAUUUUCAAUAGCACAAACUUGUAAAUGAUGACUAGUGAAAGCAAGACUGCAAAUGCCAUUGGAGGCAAAACAGCUAGAGCUUGUGAUAGCUGUUUAUCAAAAAGAGCACGUUGGUUUUGCCCUGCUGAUGAUGCUUUCCUUUGUCAAUCCUGCGAUGUUUCUGUCCAUUCAGCAAACCAAUUGGCGAGUCGCCAUGAAAGAGUUCGUCUUGAAACAUCUUCUAACAAAUCCACUGACAACAAAUUAGUCGACCAAACUCAUCAACCUGCCUGGCACCAGGGAUUUACUCGAAAGGCACGAACCCCGAGAAAUGGAAAGAAGCGUACGCAAAUGGGGCAACGAAAAAAGGACGAGGAAAAUCGUGUCCCUGAAAUUGGCAAUGAAGAAAACUCACCGGAUGAAAAUGAAGAGCAGCUUCUUUAUCGAGUUCCAGUUUUCGAUCCCUUUGAAGCAGAACUCUGCACUGUGCCAGAUGAAAGUACUACUAUUACUGACUUGGACAUGUUGUUGAAUACUGAGGAUCAUGCAUGUGAUGAUUUGGACCUUCCUGAAUUUCUUUCUUCCGAUAUUGAGCUUGCUGAGUUCGCUGCAGAUGUUGAAACCUUGUUAGGCGAAGAAUUUAGAGUCGUAGAAGAAGAAGAAGAUGAACAGACUGUUGAAGAUAAUAAGGCGAUAAAAGUCGAGGUUGAAGAUGAGGAAAUGAGAGCUGUUGUUGCUUGUCAUUUGGAUCCAGAAUUGGACAUGGCAAGAGAAGCGUUGAAUUGGAAUUUCGAAGAAUAUGAAGAAACUGUUGAACAGAAAGUAAUGGCUACUGCGGCAGUAACAGAAUUUGUCCCUAGUUUUGCAGAGUACUGUGGAAGUAGUAAAGGUGAUGAAAAAAGGAGGCUGCUUUUGAGGCUUAAUCAUGAGGCUGUUAUUAGUGCUUGGCCAAAUCAAUCUUCACCAUGGACAAAUGGAAUCCGACCUCAUUUCAAUCCUGAUGAUUGCUGGUCUGAUUUCUUGGAAACAUGCAUGGGAGAAGGAGGGGGUCAUCAACGAUAUGGGGGACAUGUAAGAAGUGGCGAUGGAGGAAGAGAAGCGAGGGUAUCGCGUUACAGAGAGAAGAGGCGGACAAGAUUGUUCUCCAAGAAAAUCCGGUACGAAGUUAGAAAAUUAAAUGCAGAAAAAAGGCCUCGACUUAAAGGACGAUUCAUUAAAAGGACAUCGUUUUCAGCACCUGGUUUUCCCUACCUGAUGAAUAAACGAUGAUGAAUAGAUCUUGGAGUAGAGUUGAUAGAGUUUGUAUUAUAACAUCGCCAUUUUGCUUGCUCUAGCAAUCUGGAACGACUUAGGUUCUUUUUAUGAUAACCUAUGUUCAUUCAAUCAAUAAAAAUCAUGUAAAUUAAGCUUU